GACCGCCUCGAAUCGUUCUGUUCCUCGUCGACUCUGCGCCCGAGCGUGUGCACGCAAGGAAAAAACUCCCCCCCACGGAGGUUACGUGGUCGAUCGGUGAUUCCACGAUCCGGUGAUCGACGGAUCGGUGAUCGGCUAUGUCCGGAUGGUGAUUCGUGUUUCGCGUCGAGGAUACCGUGCUCGUCCAUGCGAUCGAAAGAGAAAGAGGGACUUGCGAACGGAACAAGAAUUCCGAAAACGCUGCUACCGAUCCACCAAACGUGCCUUUGACUUUGUCGGUACCCGCUGCCCGGACCUCUCACCAGAAUGUCCAAAAAUCAGACCCAAAAUGGAAUGAUACCGGGCGACGUGGCGGUCGCUGGCGCGGAUGACUUUUCAGACGGCGAGAGUACUCCAUUGACUCAGGACUAUGGCGAAAGUCAAAGGAUGGUGGUGGAGACGAAAGGGUGGGACGUGUUCCGGAAUCCGCCGCCAAAAAUCGAUUCCGGUUCGAUGGCCGAUCAAAGAUGCCUGGAGGCGACGGUACAGAUAACUAAGGUCAUUGUUUACCUGCUAGUUUUUGUGAUAGUGCUAGGAAGCGGUGUAGUUGCCAAAGGAACUAUUCUAUUUAUGACGUCGCAACUCAGGGCCGAUCGAACGAUCGUUUUCUGCAAUAAGCAAUUCGGCCGGGUGAAGGAGCUUGUGGUGACGUUGCCGGAAGAGGAGAGGAUAGCGUGGAUCUGGUGCAUCAUAAUCGCGUUCUCCGUGCCAGAAUUCGGCACGUUUAUCCGCAGCCUCCGAAUAUGUAUCUUCAAGUCGUGGAAGAAACCGCCGGUUGCUCACUUCCUCCUCGUUUUUCUCAUGGAGACCUGCCACGUGGUCGGUCUGGCACUAAUGUUUAUGGCAGUGCUUCCUGAUUUGGACGUCGUUAAAGGCGCGAUGCUGACGAAUUGCGUGUGCUUCGUGCCGGGAUUGCUGGGGCUCCUCUCGCGGAAUAAAAACAAAGACGAAUCGAAGAGGUUCGUUUUGGUGCUGAUCGAUAUCGCCGCAUUGGCCGCCCAAGGGACAAGUUUCGUCCUUUGGCCAUUACUGGACAGCUCCCGACCAUCGUUGUGGCUAAUACCACCGGCUCUGUUUCUGGUUUCCUGCGGCUGGUGGGAAAAUUACGUUUCCAUGCAAAGUCCGUUCGGAUUCGUCCGGUCUCUGGGAAGGGUGAAGAAGGAAUUGAGAGUCACGCGAUAUUUCACCUAUAUAUUCAUGUCAGCGUGGAAAAUUGUGGCAUUCUUCAUCAGCACUCUGCUGAUACUUCACGUCAAAGGGGAAACCGUGGGACAUUUAUUCACGAUGCUGAAAAGCGCUUUUGGGAAUCAUCAGAUCAUGGUGUCGGUGGUACAGCAGGACUCCAACAACAUGAUAACCGACAUCGCAGAUAUAUUCGAAACCGGCGAUAAAAUACCCGCAGAUGUGGCCACGCCUAUAUACGUACUUCUGUUGCAAAUAUUCGGCGCCUACUUCGCCUACAUUUUUGGUAAAUUCGCCUGCAAAAUUCUGAUACAGGGUUUCAGCUACGCCUUCCCUGUAAAUCUGACGAUCCCCGUAUCGAUCUCUCUGUUGAUCGCCGCCUGCGGUUUGAGAAACGGCGAUCCAUGCAUUUUCCACGGCACUAUACCGGACUAUCUGUUCUACGAGUCGCCGCCAUUGUACUUUCUCAGCGAUUUUGUGUCCAAACAAUACGCCUGGGUGUGGUUGCUCUGGCUAUUGUCUCAAACCUGGAUCACUCUGCAUGUCUGGACACCGAAAUGCGAGCGUCUCGCAGCCACGGAGAAGCUUUUUGUCGUUCCUAUGUACGACUCUCUGCUGAUCGAUCAGUCGAUGAGUCUCAACCGGAAACGAGACGAUCAACCGGAGGUCAAAGUCGAGGAUCUGGCAGAGAUAGAGAAAGAAAAAGGAGACGGGGAUUACGAGACUAUAUACGAGCAUACCGACGGCACAACUACACCCCCGUCGGUAGUAAAAAGCAGCGAUCACGUAACCAGAAUCUAUGCGUGCGCCACCAUGUGGCACGAGAACAAGGAGGAAAUGAUGGAAUUUUUAAAAAGUAUCCUACGCCUCGACGAGGAUCAAUGCGCCAGACGAGUCGCUCAAAAGUAUCUGAAAGUCGUCGAUCCGGACUACUACGAGUUCGAAACUCACAUUUUCUUCGACGACGCGUUCGAGUUAGCGGACCACGACGAGAAUGAAUCGCAAGUGAACAGGUUCGUUAAAUUGCUGGUGGGCACGUUGGACGAGGCUGCGUCGGACGUUCAUCAAACUAGGAUGCACGUGAGGGCCCCCAAGAAGUAUCCAACCCCUUAUGGUGGUAGACUGGUGUGGACUCUGCCCGGGAAAACGAAGAUGAUCGCUCAUCUGAAGGACAAGAGCAAGAUCCGUCACAGGAAACGUUGGAGUCAGGUUAUGUACAUGUACUACUUGCUGGGGCACAGAUUGAUGGAGCUGCCGAUUAGCGUGGACCGGAAAGAGAUGAUCGCGGAAAACACUUAUUUGCUCACCCUGGACGGCGACAUCGAUUUCCAACCGGCCGCCGUGAAAUUGCUGGUGGAUUUGAUGAAGAAGAACAAGAACCUGGGCGCUGCUUGCGGUCGCAUCCAUCCUGUCGGCUCCGGUCCCAUGGUUUGGUAUCAGAUGUUCGAGUACGCGAUCGGUCAUUGGCUGCAGAAGGCCACGGAGCACAUGAUCGGUUGCGUGCUUUGCAGCCCCGGUUGCUUCUCGCUAUUCAGAGGAAAGGCUCUGAUGGACGACAACGUGAUGAAAAAAUACACUACGAGAUCGGACGAGGCCAAACAUUACGUUCAGUACGAUCAGGGGGAGGACCGAUGGCUUUGCACGCUGCUUUUGCAACGGGGCUACAGGGUCGAGUAUUCGGCGGCCAGCGACGCUUACACACACGCGCCCGAGGGUUUCAACGAGUUUUACAAUCAACGUCGUCGAUGGGUACCUUCAACCAUAGCGAACAUCAUGGAUCUUCUGAUGGACGCGAAACGAACGAUCAAAAUCAACGACAAUAUCUCUCUUCCUUACAUCUCCUACCAGAUCUUGCUCAUGGGCGGUACCAUCCUGGGACCAGGUACGAUAUUUCUCAUGUUGGUGGGUGCGUUCGUGGCAGCUUUCAAGAUCGACAACUGGACCAGCUUCUACUACAAUAUUAUACCCAUUCUGCUUUUUAUGAUCAUUUGUUUCACGUGUAAGGCGAACAUACAGCUUCUGUGCGCGCAAAUAUUGUCGACGGGAUACGCGAUGAUAAUGAUGGCCGUGAUCGUAGGUACGGCCCUCCAGCUCGGAGAGGACGGUAUAGGAUCCCCAUCCGCGAUAUUCUUGAUAUCCUUGUCCAGCUCCUUCUUCAUAGCAGCCUGUUUGCACCCCCAAGAAUUUUGGUGCAUCGUGCCAGGAAUUAUUUACCUCCUAUCGAUACCCUCCAUGUACCUUCUUCUGAUCCUUUACUCCAUUAUAAAUCUGAACGUCGUCUCCUGGGGCACCCGCGAAGUCCAAGUGAAAAAGACCAAAAAGGAACUUGAACAGGAGAAACGGGAAGCCGAGGAGGCGAAGAAAAAAGCGAAACAAAAGUCUCUGCUAGGUUUCCUUCAAAAUGGCGUUGGCUCGAACGACGACGAGGAAGGAUCUAUCGAAAUAUCCCUGGCGGGAUUGUUCAAAUGCAUGUUCUGCACCCACGGUCAAGCUUCUAACGAGAAACAACAGCUGGUCGCCAUCGCUGAGUCCUUGGAUCAGCUUGGUAAACGUUUGGAAACCAUGGAAAGGGUUUUGGAUCCGCAUGGACACGCGAGCGCGAGUCGUCGACGAGCGUCCUCGGUCGGUUCACGAAGCGCCGAUCAUCUGCAUGCCAUCGGCGAGGAGGGCCAAGAAUGCCACAGCGACACGGAGACAGUGACAAGUCAACACACAGAAGCCAAUCGCGAGGGCAGCAACUUCCUCAGCCGCCCCUAUUGGCUGAGCGACGACGGUUUGAAAAAGGGCGAGAUCGAGGUACUGUCGCUCCAGGAGGAACAAUUCUGGAAGGACCUCUUGGAGAAGUAUCUCUACCCCAUAGACGAGGACAAGGCGGAGAAGGCUCGAAUUGCCGGCGACUUGAUCGAGCUGCGAAACAAGAGCGUCUUUGCGUUUUUUAUGUUCAAUGCGUUGUUCGUACUGAUCGUAUUCUUGCUACAGCUGAACAAAGAUCAGCUUCACGUUGUCUGGCCUCUGGGCGUCAAGACGAAUAUCACCUUCGUUGAAGAGACCUCGGAGGUACACAUCACGAAAGAGUAUUUACAACUAGAACCGAUCGGUCUGGUCUUUGUGUUCUUCUUCGCGCUGAUAUUGGUCAUCCAAUUCACCGCCAUGUUGUUCCAUCGAUUCGGAACGUUCGCCCAUAUUCUGGCCAGCACCAGUUUGGAUUGGUACUGCUGCAAGAAGACCAAGGAUCUGUCGGAGGAGGCAUUGCUUUCGAAACACGUCGUGGAAAUAGUAAGGGACUUGCAAAGAUUAGACGGAAUGGAGGGCGAUUACGAGGAAGGUAGCGGCAGCGGACCUGGCAGGAGAAAAACCAUACGAAACCUCGAGAAAAGCCGAAGGAAAACGCAGGCAAUCAAUACGCUCGAUGUCGCUUUCAGACAGCGAUUUUUCAGCAUGUCAGACGGCAACGGUACAAACAUGUCGACGAGGCGUUCAGCGAAGGCGUUCAAGGCGUUCGAGGGCCGCAGGAACAGCAUAAUGGCGAUGCGACGGAAGUCGCAGAUGCAAACACUGGGGGCGAAUAAUAUUUUCGGCGUGGCGGGGAAUCCCCUGGGUAUCCAGGGCCGUCCGUCGAGGAGUAGUCAGAUUUCCGUGAAGGACGUAUUCGAGGGACACGGCGGCCACGCGAAUUCCGCGUACGAACCGGACGAGAACACUGGGAGCAGCCUGAGACUUCAAAAUUUAGGUCAAAACACGUGGAGGGAGGCCAACACUAACAUCUGAUCCAAUCCUCCUCGCGAACGCGUGAAUUCUGUCGAAGAACAAAGAUGGCCGCCUUCUUCGCGCGCUGGGAAACGGAAGAGACGCGGCUAAUGGAUAAAACAAUCACCAGUUACACGAAGAAUCGUCGGAUUUAAUCUAAAUUUCAUGCAUAUCCGCGCAUCACUGUACCAGUUAUUCGUUAAUCCGAUUAUGCAUGACGUGAAUGUGGAUAGUAAAGUACGAAAAAGACUGCCUUUGAGUAGAAUAAUUUAUUACGGAAUGAGUGGAACAGGACCGCCUUUAAACUCUUUUUCUUUUCCUUUUUUUUUAAGCACCUUUUCCUAAACGAUGAUAACAACGGUAACAGUAACAUUACAAAUUGUAAUGAUAAGAAUAACGAACACAGAAAUUGGUAUACGACCGAUUACGCCUACGUAUUCUUAAACUCUGAGAGUUUAAAUUUUAAAUUUUCUUGAAUUUAAGGGGGUAUUCUACCGUACUAUUUAUUUUAUCAACGUCCAAACUCCUCUUUUAUAUUUUUUUUAGUCCACGAAAAUAAUAGAAAAAUUUUACAUACAUUUUUCCCCAGAACUAUAUAUACAAUGGUUUACACUGGUUUUUAUGAUAUCUCAAUCAAUGGAAUGUCUUGUUUCUUUCGUAUUUUAUUUACUCCGCGAAAGUGAUAAGAAACAUUCAAAAAUUGAUAGUUAAACUUUCAAGUGUAACUAUAGACUCAUUAUUUUUAUUUUAGAAUCUAACCUAAACCUAACCUUAAUUAAGAAUGGCUGAAACCAUAAGAAACCACGAAUUUGUAUAGUUCCACGCCCAAGAAAGUGAUCAAACUAGGCGUUUUACGGUAGGAUACUCCCUUAACGAUAUCACUCGUUUAUUUUUUACUCGCGAUUAGAUAUUUAAGACGAACGAACUGACCGGUGAAUAGUAAUAUCUCGUAGAACCAACUACCGUUCGAUAGUCGACGGUCUAAGGAUAGGAUAAUUUCUCUAGACGAUAACUAAACGUAAUAUCAUUGUUAACUCGUAUCGCACAUCAUCAUUGUGCGGACAGUUAUCGCAGCGACGACGCUUACAUUUGUUUUUGCUCCCCCUAAACGUGAUACCGCCGUUAUUAUAUUUAAUCGAUAAACGUCUUUUGUACAUAACGCGUUAAGUACGUGUAAAUCGAGUUGUAGAAAAAUCGUGUCGAUCG